GUACAACCAGCACAACAUCAACAACAUCAAUGACACUGGCAACUCCAACAAAUACUAUGUUAGGAGUCUCAACACCUUCAACAACUACAGGAGGCUUAUUUGGGUCUCCUUUUAAUACUUCUAUUGCUUCUGCUACACCUACAAUGCAGACAGCGCCAAUGAAUACAAAUAUUAGUGGAACAUCAGGUGUAUCAACAGGUACAAUACCAGGUGUAGCUUCAGGCUCAAUAUUUGGUACACCAAUAUCUACUGGAUUAAACACAGGAGCUGGAACACCAUUAGGAAUGACGCUGAAUACUACACCUGGGGCGUUAUCUAAUGUUCCUGCUAAUACAACGUUGGGUAUGACUUCUGGUACAACAUUAAAUGCAACAAAUACAUUACAAGCACCAUCUCAGCCAUCUAUGUUAACGUCUUUUGGUACUUUUUCUCAACAAAAUACACAAAAUACAAGUACAUCUGGUUUAAGUAAUUUACCAUUGUAUACAUGGGGUGGGCCAUCUCAAAAGAUAGUAUCUCGCUAUAACCAGCUUCAAAUUCAAACACCAUCAGAUACAUUAGAGGUAGGCGGUUUGAAACGUGGAGCAGGUCAAUCAGGAAUGUUUGGUAGUGGUUCUAUUCUUGGUCUUGAUCAAUUUCCAUCGAUUGUGGAACAGCUUCAAAGACUUAAGAAUGCAUGGGAUCCAACACACCCUGAUUGUGCAUUCCAGCACUAUUUUUACAACAGAGUCCCACCAGAUGAAGUGGCUUUAUAUGUUAAACCUUUGCAUCAUAAUCAACAAAAAUGGGAUGAAGCAGUUGCCAAUCGUCCAGAAAAUAGUGUUGUUCCUGCAUUGGCAGUAGGAUUUUCUGAUAUUCAAAAAAGAGUACAGCUUCAGGAACAACAAGUUAUGGCAUAUCGUGUUCGUAUGCAUGAAAUUGUUAAUAAACUUGGAGAGUUGUCACAGAAACAUGAUCUUAGUACUACUAUAAAGAUAUCAGAAGCAACACUAAGACAUUUGGAGCUGGCCCGCCGUUCAUUAGCGUUAGCAGCAAAAGUUCAGGUAUUAAAAGGAAGAGGUUAUGCCCUUCAAUCAGAAGAAGAAAAUUUAAAACAGCGAUUGAAAGAACUGUCAAUAAAAAUAAACGACCCAAGCGUAUUUGGAAGAAUGAACGAGCUUUGGGCACGUAUGACAUUUAUACGUGAAAAAGCAAAAUCAAUUGAAAAGGAAAGAGAAGGUGGAAUUAUGAUUAGUAUCAACUGGAGGAAAGAUGAGGAACAAUUAGAGAAAAUUGCAAAAGUCCUUAGUGAUCAGCAUGCUGGGAUUUCAUAUGUUAUACAUAUUUUGAAAGGAGAUUUAAGUGAGGUUGAAAAAACGUUAGAAAUCAUAGAAGAACGCAAAAAAGCACUUGAACGGCCUAAAUCACGGGGAUCCAGAUAAAUACCUAUUAUUCUAAUGCACAUCCGAUAAACCUUCAUGUAUUCAU